CCGUUCCCCUCCUCAUUCUGCAUCUCGAUCUCAAGCCCUAGCUCUUCUCCUCCUUCCUCCUCUCCUGCGACGAACUGCCCACCCUUGUCCUCUCUGGUGCCGAGCGACGUCCGACGGCAAGGUCUUCUCCUCCUCCCUCCUCUCCGACGACGAGCGGCCGACCCUUGUGCUCUCCCGGCGCCGAGCGACGUCCGACGGCAAGCUCCGCUCCUCCUUCCUCCUCUCCGGCAUUUUAUUGCAGGUGAGUUUUUUCCCCAACCCCCUCCCUGACUAGGCAAGGGCGAAGGGCUCCUUGCCUAGUUAGGAACUCUGUAACUCUAAUUUUUUGAAGAAUUGGAAUGGGGGGAAUAAUGGAUGAUCUGAGGAAGGAGAGAUCGGCAAAGAAGCGGCUGAAUUUGGAAGGGGAAGAAGAUAUCACGGAGAAGAAGAAAAAGAAGAAGGAGAAGAAGAACAAGUCUAGUGAGUUGGCUGGCCAGGAAGGGAGACUAGAAGAAACUAUUCGAGAGAAGAGAAGACUUGAGAAGGAGAGGAGGGCUAAUCUGGAGCAAAUUCAUGCUGAAUCUCAGAGACUGUUGCGCGAAACUAGAGAUGUUUCAUUUAAACCUGUGCCUCUUGUUCAGAAGCCGAUAUCAUCUGUUUUGGAGAAGAUCAGGCUAAGAAAGUUGGAAGUAUCAAAAAAACCUAGCAUUCUCUAUCAUUCUGAUUCUAUUGCUGAUACUGAUUGUUCUGCGGCUGAGAUGUCUCACGUCUCUGAUCUAUCUGGGUCUAAUAAUGGGAAGGAAAACAAUGAGACAUCAAAAAUGUUGUAUAGUUGCAGGAUGAUGCUGUCCAAGCUAAGGAUGGUGACAGCAGUGCAAGUUUUCUGAGCUGCCAUGAGAAUGUUACCUAUAGCAAGGUUAUCAAUUGUGUUGGUGGAUCUCAGUUUGUUUAUCCGCCUUAUGUCAGUUUGUUUUCCUAUUAGAAGACACUAAAUGGCAUGUUCAAAUCAAAUGGCUGUACUUCAUAUACGUGCUAGAAAUUUUUACUUCACGCUAUUGUGCUUUAUUUUAAUGUGCACAUCAUCCUCAGAUUUAUUGCUCUUUUGUAACAUUAAACAUCACUUUUAUUUUGAAGGUGAUAGGUGAAUUUAUCAUACUAAACAGGAGGUACCAUUGUUUAUAUUAUUUCCUGAUAAUAGUGUUAUGCAGUAGGAUGAGUUAAUAUAAUGGUCUAAAAUUUAAUAGAACCAGCUAGUGUAUGUAC